UAGUGAACAAGGAAAGAAAUAAAGAAACAAAAAGAAUUCGAAGAACUAGCAAGCUACAAGUUUGAGCUGCGCCGUGACAUAUGACUUAAUGAAAGUGAAUUGUCUUGAUUUUGAAAAUAAAAUAAAAUAAAAUAAUAGAAAUGAGUUGCGCUAGACUAGACAUAUGCAGGUUGAAAAGGCAGGAAUGAUUUCGCAAUAGUUUUCCAUAGUUGUUUAUUAUCACCUCAGCAGUCUGCCAUUUCCGUAAUAUCAUGUUGACUAGUAAGAUAUCCGCCAAGUCUGUCUUGACGAAAUGCAAGAAGACGAAGAAGACACAGUGUUUGCUCAACCAAAAGACACAAAAACUUUGGGCGGAAGAUACGAAAAGGGGCUGGGCAAAAUAUAACUGAUAUAACUUUCAGCUGAGAAUGUUAAAAUGAAGAUUUGUUUGGCACUCCUACUAUAACUAUACCCGAUGGCUAGUGACCUUUGAUCAGGUCACAUUUCCUUGGUUAAGUGCUCUAUCAAGGUAUGACGAAAUAUUACAAAUAAUCCAAAUAUUAUUGCAUUCAAAUCAUAUUUCAAAUAGUUUAUGAUUGAAUUGAGUUGCUAUAUAGGUGCAGGGUAGAGCAGGGCAGGGCAGGGCAGGGCAGGGCACCUUCGCUUGGCACGACUGGUAGCCAGUAAAGAUUUAAUAUCAUGCCAACCGAUAGAUCAACAUGAGUUAACAGGCUGGAGUCCGGGAAUCGUGACAUUCUUCGAGGUCAACAAGCAAUGAUUUCAUAGUAAUGUGCACUAUGAAUAUACUUGUAACUGGAGAGACUUGGACAAGACUUUUACUCUUGAGCAAAAUGCGUUCAUGAGAAUUUCACAGUGUACCCCCUUGUAAUUAUAUUAUAAGGAGUUGUCUGAUGACCAUAACUUCGAUUUUUUUACUGAUUUUCAAUUAAGCUAUCUGUAUUAUACAAAAAGUAAAAAUUUCUCUGUUUAUAAGCUGUAGGAAAGCUGUAGGGAACUUUCUUUGGGAUGAUAUUACCAAGGUCUGGCUGGUAAUGAUAAAGGAAUGGGUACCAACGCAUGCGCACCAAAAGCAAUAACAAAAGGGGGGAGCCAUGUUUAAUUUGUUGCUAAACAAGAAGUCGUAAAUAAUCCGUAAAUAAGCUGACGAAAAUAUAAUUAUUAUUUGAUACUAGACUUAGAAUAUCGAGAAUUAUGAGUGAGGACGAUGAUUUGGCAUUUGCUAUGUUUCUUCAAGGACAGCUCGAUAACGAAGAUAGUAAUUUGGAGCGAAGAGAGAAGACAGAGUUACCCACAUCAUUAGUAGACGAUGCUUGGGAAAUGAUCGAUCCUGCACCUGAUAUUAGACAGUUAUUCCUACAGUUUAAUGAUGAGUAUUUUGAUGGUCUUCUCGGUGGAGUAGAAGUACGAUGGAGCCCAAGAAUGACUCUAUGUGCUGGCCUGUGUUGCUAUGAAGGAAGAGGUGGUUUAUGUUCUAUAAGACUCAGUGAACCAUUACUAAAGCUAAGACCAAGGAAAGAUCUCGUACAGACACUCUUGCAUGAGAUGAUUCAUGCCUUGCUUUUUGUAACUCAAAAUAACAAGGAUCAUGAUGGUCAUGGCCCAGAGUUCCACAAGCAUAUGUAUAGGAUCAAUAAACAGUCAGGAGCAAAUAUAACAGUUUAUCACAACUUCCACGAUGAGGUUAAUUCAUAUCGACUUCAUUGGUGGAAAUGUAAUGGACCCUGUCAGAAAUGGCCACCCUUUUAUGGGGUUGUAAAAAGAUCAAUGAAUCGAGCACCUGCACCAAGGGACACUUGGUGGGAUGAUCACAAGAGAAAAUGUGGAGGACAAUUCACUAAAAUCAAGGAACCUGACAACUAUGACAAGAAAAAAUCUAGUAAUAAAAUUAAGAAUUCUGAAGCUGGAUCUUCGAAGGAAAAGGAAAAGAUAUUAGGGUCAGGAACGCCAAGUUUACCAACAUUUUUUGACAAAAUGAAAAAGAAAAAGGUCACUAGUGGCAAUGUAUCAAGUCAAGAAGAAACUGAUUUGAAAGAGAGUAGUAAAUUACGUAAUGAUAAGUUUGAAGRAUAUAUUGCUGAAAAUCCUACAAAGAAGCAAAAAACAGAAGGCAUUUCACCAUUCAGUGGCAUUGGUCAUGUCUUAGGAGGUUCAACAUCUGAGAAAACACGUAAACUUCAAGGAAAACAAGGUUUAGUUGGAAUGAAUUCUUCAGAACACAAUAUUGAGAAACAAAAGCCAUAUUCCAGUUCACAAGAGACUUCAGUUACUAAAGGGAAAAAUAAUAAAACAAAAAAUAGAAAGAAACCUACAGACAUUAGUGAUAAACCAGAAUUAACAAUCAUUGAUGCUUUUAGAAGAAGCAACAAAUCAUUAUGUAGUAAUACAAUAGAUUCUUCAGAAGGAUCUAAGGGCAAGCCUAUUAGUUUGGGUGAUGAAGAUUCUCCUAGUGUAGUACCAUCACCAUCAUCAUCAUCCCAUGAGGUUUCUUGUCCUGUGUGUCUGUUAGUGAUACCAAUAACAAACAUUAAUACUCACUUAGAUAACUGUCUGACAGCCAUGUGAUUGAUUUUAUUCACAUUAUUCAAUUAUUGUAAAGUAUAAAGUUAGUUUUUACAGA